AUGCUGUUGAUGCAGGGAAAAAUGAAAUUGGCUCCAUUUUAUAUUUUGGUUAGUUUGCUGUCCUUAUCAUCGGCAGUAGUUCGAUAUGAUAAUUAUACAUUUUAUAAAUUAUCUCCUAAAUCUUCUGACGAACUUAAAGUUCUUCAAAACUUACAACGGUCUAAUAAGUAUAAAUUGGAUUUCUGGAGGGAUCCAAACAGAGUAGGAAUACCUAUUAAUGUACUGGUUUCGCCAGAAGACAAAUAUAACUUCGAGAAUGUCAUUAGUAAAAGUAAUGUAGAGUUUCAAGUUCUAGAUAGCAAUAUUCAAGAACAAAUAGAUAAAGAAUCUAGAGUCGGUAGACUUCGGAAUAUAAAGCAAGGUAAUUUGACAUGGGACAGAUACUAUGAUUUGGAACAUAUAAACAACUGGUUGAAAAAAUUAGCGCAAGACUAUCCAGAUAAAGUUACUUUAAUUAAAGGAGGAAGAACCUACGAAAAAAGAGAUAUUUUGGGUGUAAAAGUAAGUUUUGGACAACAAAAAGGACGGCGAAGUGUUUGGCUUGAUUCGCUCAUACAUGCAAGAGAAUGGAUUUCUGGUUCCACUACAACAUUUAUUCUAAAUGAAAUAUUACACAGCAAAGAACCUGCCGUUAGAGCUAUGGCCGAGAGUCACGAUUGGUACAUCUUUCCCGUUCUAAACCCAGACGGAUUUGUGUAUUCACACAAUGGGGACCGUAUGUGGAGGAAAACGCGUAGUGAUUAUGGUACAGGCUGUAUAGGUACCGAUCCCAACCGUAACUGGGAUUAUAAAUGGAAUGAGUUUGGAACCUGUAACUAUUCGUGUUCCUUGGUAUAUGCUGGACCUUAUGCUUUCUCUGAAAUUGAAACCAAAAGUUUAUCUGAAUAUAUGAGCAAAGUAGCAAAUGAAUUACUACUUUAUAUAACAUUUCAUUCAUAUUCACAAAUUAUUCUGUUACCUUACGGUCAUACUCGUCAACAUCUUGACAACUACGAUGAAGCUUACAAACUAGCAAAUAGAGCUGCCAAAUCGUUAGCUGAGAGGUACGGAACUCAAUAUAGUGUUGGAAAUAUAGCAGAGCAACUAGGUCUUGCAACAGGAACAAGCAUUGACUGGUAUAAGAAGAAUUAUCAGAUUCCUUUUGCAUACGUAUAUGAACUUCGUAAUAAAGAUACUUUUGAACUACCAGCAGACCAAAUUCUACCCAAUUGUUUGGAAGUACUGGAUUCUCUUGUUACUUUAUUGAAAGGAGCUGAUACAUUGUACAAAAAUUAA